GUAAGGAAUACAAUUUUUGGAUUAUAAAAAAAAAACUUUAAAAGAGACGUUUUUGUCCAACGCUUCCAGCUUACAGAGAGCAGUCGUCUUCGUUCGUGAGCUCGUAAUUGCGAUCUUCUCAACUUCGAUUACCCGUACAAAGCCAUGGCCGAAACCGCGAAAGAAAUCAACGGCGGAGAUGCUCAGGAUCUUCUCUCACUUCUCUCUUCUCCGGCGAGGGAUUUCCUCGUUCGUAACGACGGCGAACAGGUUAAAAUUGAUAGCUUAAUAGGGAAGAAGAUUGGAUUGUAUUUUUCAGCUGCGUGGUGCGGACCGUGUCAGCGGUUUACUCCACAGCUGGUUGAAGUCUACAACGAGCUUGCUCCAAAAGUUGGUUUCGAGGUUGUUUUUGUGUCGGGUGAUGAGGAUCAAGAGUCCUUUGCUGAUUAUUUCAGUAAGAUGCCAUGGCUCGCUGUUCCAUUUGCUGAUUCAGAAACACGUGACCGUUUGGAUGGGUUGUUCAAGGUUACGGGUAUCCCUAACCUAGUGAUGGUUGAUGAUCAUGGUAAACUUGUGAAUGGUAAUGGGGUUGGUGUCAUACGAAGCUAUGGAGCUGGUGCUUAUCCUUUCACACCUGAGAAAAUGAAGGAGAUCAAAGAGGAAGAAGACAGGGCUCGGAGAGAGCAGACAUUGUCAUCUGUCUUGGUUACUCCUUCACGGGACUUUGUGGUUUCGCCAGACGGAAACAAGGUACCUGUAUCGGAACUUGAAGGUAAAACCAUUGGCCUUCUCUUCUCAGUUGCCUCUUACAGCAAAUGCUCAGAGUUUACUCCAACGCUUGUUGAGUUUUAUACGAAGCUGAAGGAGAAUAAAGAGGAUUUUGAGAUUGUGUUGAUAUCUCUUGAAGAUGAUGAGGAGUCUUUUAAUCAGGACUUUAAGAGCAAGCCAUGGCUAGCGUUGCCGUUCAACGACAAAAGCUCUUCGAAAUUGGCUCGGCACUUCAUGCUGUCUACGUUACCAACACUGGUCAUUCUCGGACCAGAUGGAAAAACCCGUCACUUGAAUGUCGCUGAAGCUAUUGAUGACUAUGGACUUCUUGCUUAUCCUUUCACUCCAGAGAAGUUUAAAGAACUCGAGGAGAUAGAAAAGGCAAAGAUAGAGGCUCAAACGACCGAGUCACUUCUUGUCUCAGGUGAUCUCAACUAUGUUCUCGGAAAAGAUGGUGCUAAGGUGCUUGUUUCGGAUCUGGUGGGGAAGAACAUUCUUAUGUACUUCUCAGCUCACUGGUGUCCUCCUUGUCGCGCCUUUACACCAGAGCUUGUUGAAAUAUACAAGCAGAUAAAGGAGCGGGAUGAAGCGUUUGAAUUGAUUUUCAUCUCCAGUGACCGUGACCAGGAAUCAUUUGAUGAGUAUUACUCACAAAUGCCGUGGCUGGCUCUUCCAUUUGGUGAUCCUAGGAAAGAAUCCUUGGCACGAACCUUUAAGGUCGGUGGGAUCCCAAUGCUAGCAGCUCUGGGACCAACUGGGAAAACCGUAACAAAAGAAGCAAGGGACCUUGUGGCAAUCCAUGGAGCCGAUGCUUACCCUUUCACUGAGGAACGUUUGAAGGAGAUUGAAGCCAAGUACGAUGAGAUGGCAAAAGAGUGGCCUAAGAAGGUGAAACAUGUUCUUCAUGAAGAGCAUGAGCUAGAACUGACUCGUGUUCAGGUUUACGUGUGCGAUAAGUGUGAUGAACAAGGAAAAUUCUGGUCUUACCAUUGCGAUGAAUGCGACUUUGAUCUUCAUGACAAGUGUGCUUUAGAGGAGGAGACAAAACCAAACGGUGAUGAGGCUGUGAAAGAAGGUGGCGGUGAGCACCAAGAUGGUUGGGUUUGUGACGGAAACGUGUGCACCAAGGCCUGAUUGAUAGCUUAAGGCACAGUUAUGUCACUAUGUGUAUGCUAAGCUAUUUCCUUUCCUUACCCUGUAUAAUUUGAUGAGAGUAUGGAAGUGUGGCUACAAUCUGAUAAGACUUUGGAGAUGAACUCUGUUAAUCUAAAGUAGUAAUAAAAUGAUCUUCUUAUUUAA